AUGCGCGAUGGUCCCGGUCAUGGUCAGGCAGUUGCCAACCUUGCCUCCACUCGGCAUCUGAGCGUGCGGCUGCGCGGCAGAUCCCUCAUCGACAUCGCGUUGGACCUGUCAAUGCGCUUCAGACGGAGAGAUUGGCAACUCAGCCAGCUGCUAGAUGACGAUGGUGACAGGCUCUUCAUCAAUCUACGCAGUAUUCCGGUGUUCGAUGGUGCCUCUCCAGUCAUUGAGCCUCAGGAUACAACUCGCAGCCCUACGCGCUUCGUGAGGAAUAUCGUGGAGAUGUUCGCAGACCAGGAGUUGCAGUUUUGUUCAGGUCAGACAGGGAAAGUGUGGAAGCUGCGAAGCAAGGAGACGCUUUACUCUUGGACUCUGUGGCUCGGCCUUCGCGAAGACGUUUGUGGCGAGGCCUUCAGCCGAGCCCUGAGGAGAGCGUUGUGGGGUCAAUCAGCCACGCUUGUCUCUUUCAGACUGACUUGCCGUGGCCCUUUCGCCCAACUGCACGACAGUGUCGGAGGACGUCGCUGCAAGAAUGUCAACAAGUAUAGAGCCAGUGCGGGCCGUGAGCCACUUCUUCGUGACGCUUGA